AUGUCUUUAUUACCUUUUGAAAAUCGAACAAGUGCGUCGCUUAUUUGCCAUCUUAGAAAAGAUAUACAAGGAAUUGUUCAUGCCCUUAAGACUGAAUUUCCAGAAUUACAAAUUAAAGAAUACUAUAGUAAAUCCAAUCCAGUAGAAAAGGCUUGUGAUUUUAGCAAUUUACUAAAUGUCAAAUGCGAAUGUCUAUCUCGAGAACUUCAGAAUAGAGGAAUAUUUCCUGACACAGACUCUAUUAUCUGGAAUAAGAAUGUACCAACUGCAAGUAUGGAAAUUUCUAUCAUAGAGUUCAUUUCUAAGUCUGAUGAAAAUAUUGUACUGUUGUCUCAAGCUGUGAAGGCUAAUUUCUUAAUUAUUAAAGCAGAAGAAAUAUCAGAUCUAACUAAUACUAAUAUUCUAGAUUAUGAAACUGCUGAAUUUUUGGAGAACAAGCUAAAGAAGACCUUAAAAGAAAUGCAUUCUUUAGACCGGCAUUGUAUUGUAGAUUGCUAUCAGAUCCAACCUGAAUUACUAACCAAAGAAUUUAUCUCAAAGUAUGGGAAUUACAAUCACAUAAAAUGGUUUAAAGCUUAUAGGCAACUACAAGAUGCUGGUACUAACAAUGAAAUGGCUGUUGAAGCUAUUUCUUCUAGAGAUAUUGAUAAUAGAUCCAGAUAUAAAGCUGAUAAUGUUAAGAUGUGUCUGAAUUCUCCUGGAUUUAUAUCAUAUCUCCAGAAUUUAGUGCCUAAAAUGGCUCGAGUAUUUGAUAAUACAGAUGUGUCAUGUAGUGUUAAAAAAUCGGGAUUAAAAACAAUUCGAGCAAAACUUGGAUUACUGAAUUCAGCACUACAUGUAACAUAUAAGCUAAAGUUUAAGGCUAUAGACAAGGGUUGUAGGUAUUACUAUCUAGUUGGAUCUUUCGAUAGUAACAACACUCCUGCAUUACCUCUAUAUCAAACAGAAAAAAAAAUUUACUAG